UCAAGAGAAGAGCAGGUAAGACUUGUGUCAUAACAAUGGCACCUUUUCAUUCUUGUUUUGGCCUCUGUAUGAUCAUAUCAGCCUUUGCAUUACCACCUACUGAGCCACCUCUGGUCCGUGAUCAUCCCUUUGUGGCCAUAUGGAAUGCCCCCACUGACCAAUGCAAACAGCUUGAAAUUCCACUGGAUACCGCUGCCUUCCAAGAAGUGACUACACCUUCAGCUGUGCCAGGUCAAUUUCUUACCAUCUUUUAUGAAGAUCGCCUUGGCAUUUAUCCUAAAGUUGACAUAAUCAAGCAAAAGAUCUACAAAGGUGGUAUCCCCCAAAACGGCAACUUGACAGAACAUCUUGCUAAGGCCAAAAGUACAAUAGAUCACUAUAUCUCCCAAGAUUCCUCUCCUGGGCUGGCUGUGAUUGACUGGGAGUCCUGGCGUCCUCUGUGGGACCAAAACUGGGGAUCAAAACAAAUUUAUCAGAAAUUGUCUAUUACUCACGCUUUGCAGCUGGCUCCAUUUUUGUCAACAAAGCAAAUUUCCCAAAUGGCUAAGAGCCAGUUUGAGGAAGCUGGGCGACGCUUCAUGGAGAAAACUAUUAGCUUUGGCAUUGGGAAGAGACCAAGCCGCCGCUGGGGAUUUUAUCUGUUUCCUGACUGUUACAACUAUGGAUGGGACAAGCCAGGAUACACAGGGGAGUGCUCCAGUAAAACUCAGAAGCAGAACAACAAGCUGCUGUGGCUGUGGGAACGAAGCACCGCUCUUUUCCCCUCUGUCUACCUCCACAUGACUCUGGGAAACUCACCCCAGGCUGCGCUUUAUGUCCGCAAUCGUGUCCACGAGGCGCUGAGGGUGGCGGCACUUCCAAAACGCUCCUAUACUGUGCCUGUCUAUGUCUACUCUAGACCCCUGUACCGGGAUCAGACCAAAAAGUUUCAGACUCAGACAGAUCUUGUUAACACUGUUGGAGAGUCUGCAGCUCUUGGUGCUUCUGGAGUUGUUAUAUGGGGAGCUACUAGGGACUACAAUAGCAAGGCUGCCUGCGAGUCUCUGUCUGAGUACCUGUCCUCCACGUUUAGCCCAUAUGUUGCCAAUGUGACUGCGGCUGCAAUGCUCUGCAGUGAGGUGCUGUGUCAGGGCAAUGGCCGCUGUGUGAGGAAGAACUACAACAACCCUCACUACCUACACCUGAACCCCACCUCGUUCCGCAUCCUGAAGGCUAGCGGGAAGUACGUUGCUGUCGGUCUCCCAACUGCCAGCGACCUUAACGACUGGGUGAAAAAGUUCACCUGUCAGUGCUACGCUGGGUGGAGCUGCUCUCCUAAGUUGCAGAUUCCAACUGAAGUUCAACUCAUUCGGGUGUAAAUUGUGAGGGGAGUAAAUAAAUGCCCCUUUCUGCCUCUCAAAUCUGGAUUUGUAGUUAUUCCUAUAAUAAAAAUAUUUCACAUAAACAUUCUGUUUUUACUCACAAAAUAAAGAUAUGAGGCAAGAUAAUAAAUUCAUGUUUUUCUGCA